CAGCUCCACGAGACUGUGAAAAGAAAGCUUGAUAGCGCUGCUUCCCCUCAGAAUGGAGACCAGCAGAACGGCUACGCUGAUGUAUUUUCUGUGUCCAAGAAACUGCGUCGUGAUGAUGGCCUUGGUGGAGUGAGUGGUUCUUCCAAUGGAAUGCCCCCUGUGUCUCCGCUCCAUCAUCUUGACAAGAAAUCUGGCAGUGGAGAUACCUUACAACUUAAUGGAAAACAUCCAAUGGGGCUAGAUGGCAUCAGCAAGAAGUGUCUUCCAGAUUCCAGCCUGCAAAUGAACGGAGGUGGUGAUGCUGAUGACUCAUUUCCUCUGAGUCUGAACAAAGAGCUGAAGCAGGAGCCCGUAGAUGAUCUUCCAUGUAUGAUUGCUGGAGCAGGGGGUUCCAUAUCUCAGAAUAACUUGAUGCCUGAUCUUAAUCUUAAUGAGCAAGAGUGGAAGGAACUUAUUGAGGAGCUUAAUAGAUCAGUGCCUGAUGAAGACAUGAAGGAUCUCUUUAAUGAAGACUUUGAAGAGAAAAAAGAUGCAGAUUCUUCAAAUUCAGCUGCACAGACUCCAUUGCCACAAGAUAUUAACAUAAAGACGGAGUUUUCCCCAGCACCCUUUGAACAGGAACAGAUAGGAUCUCCCCAGGUUAGAUCCACUUCUUCAGGCCCAGCAUUUAUUGGUCCUGCGUCUGUACCUGUAAGCACCGCUUCUCCAGUGGUUGGUAGUUCUCAGGCUAUGUUUCAGCCUUCCAGUCAGUCAAUGACUGAAAAUCCUAAUCAGCCCAUGAUGCAGGCAUCAAACCACUCUCAGAACGUCCAGAGGCCUCUCCCCAAUGUGUUGUUACCUGGGAAGGGCACAGGAAGUGCCAAAGAAAUGUCUUCUGCUCAUCAACUUCAGCAAAUUGCUGCCAAGCAGAAAAGAGACCAGAUGUUGCAGAACCAGCAGCAAGCUUCGCAGGUCCACCAAACAAAUCAGAUGUCUACGUGGCAGCAGUCUGGGCCUUCUCAUAGUCCCUUGGCUGUCCCAUACAGCAUGGAAAAUCCCACCAGCCCAUCGGUUUACCAGCCAGACUUCAACAGUCAGAAACUCAUGAUGCCUAAUAUGGGAAACAAAAGCUCACCGAGAGCUGGAGGCAAUUACCAUGUGAACAUUUUGGGUCAUCAACAAAACAGCUUGAACCAGAACCCUGUGAACAGUCAAGGCUCUAUGCUAGACUACGGGAACACCAAACCUCUUUCACAUUACAAAGCAGAAUGUGAGCAGGGGGUCACAGUACCUGGUCAGAACAAGACUCCCAUGUUGGCAUACAUACAACAGCGCCAGCAGCCGCCGCUGUCUCAUGUGAGCGAUGACCAAAAUGGGAUGAUCCUGUUGAAACCCAAGUCUGCAAACAUUGCCUACCGACUACCGCACAGUCAGGAUCAAAACCCUUCUCCGAACGUUCCCCGCGUUCCCGUUUCUGUCCCAGGUGCUGGUGUGGGUGCCCAGGCUCCCAACGUCUCUAUGGCAGGUAACCACAGCAACCAGCCCUAUCUCAGCAAUCAGCAGCAAGCAGCAGUGAUGAAGCAACACCAAAUGCUGAUGGACCAGCAGAAGCAGAGGGAGCAGCAACAAAAGCACUUGCUCAUGGAGCAGCAGAAGCAGCAAUUCCUAAUGGAGCAGAGACAGCAGCAUCUUCUGGCAGAGCAGGAGAAACAGCGGCAGCAGCAAGAGCAGCAGCUGCAGCGGCAUCUGACUCGACCACCUCCCCAGUAUCAGGAUCAGCCACAGAAUCCAUACCAGCAACAGGUUGGGCAGUUCACAGGGUCAUCUUCAGCCAUGCCUGGGGUCAGUAAUUUAGGACAGUCCAGCUCCAGUAGUCCACGGAUGUUUCCUCAGACCCAGAACAUGAUUCAGAUGGGACCUGGACACAGUUCUGUUCCUCCGCUCCAGUCAGGCUCCAGUCAGCAGGAUCGGGGUGUGACUCAGUAUACCAAUAUGCAAAACAUUCAGCGAGGGGGAUUAUACAACUUGGCGUCUGGUAUGACACAGAUGGUUCCCCAGCAUGCAACUCAAAGUGCCAAUGGACAGCCACCGAUGCAGAGACAAGGCAGCUUGGGCCAGGGUGCUGCCGUUCCUGCUGGGUAUGGACAGAACACCUUAGCAAACUCGAGUAUUUCUCAGCAGCACAAUAAAGGUGCACUGAAUCCAACCUUAUCUAAGCCACAGAUGGCAAGAGUACCAGCUGCUAUGGGGGCUCAAAAUCCAUCUUGGCAACACCAAGGUAUCCCUAAUAUUAACAGCCAGACACAAGCAAACAGUGGCUUAGGACCAUUUACUGCCAGCUCCUCUUUCCACAUGCAGCAAACUCAUCUAAAGAUGGCCAACCAACAGUUUGCCCAAGGAAUGCCUCAGGUAAGCCUAAGCACCAGCAGACCAAUGACUUCCAUGAAUGCUGCCGUCUCUGGGCAGAUGUUGUCAUCGUCUUUAGGUGCACAGCAGCGGACAAACCCACCUACGCAACAGCAGGUACCCUCACAGCAAGUCUUGCCUGGCAUGAACCAGACUGUUCCAGAUCUGAAUGCUUUCAACCAGAAUCCAAAUCAGCAAAUGCCCAACAGAGGUAAUCUGCACUGUAGUCAAGGGUACCCUGUGAGGACAACCAGUCAAGAGCUGCCUUUUGCCUACAGCAGCCAGUCAGGCAGUAAUGGACUUCAGAGCUUAACUGGGGACACAGAUCUGAUAGACUCUUUGCUGAAAAACAGGACUUCAGAGGAGUGGAUGAAUGACUUGGAUGAGUUGUUAGGAACCCAUUAAAA